AGCAUAAAUCCAUCUCUAAACCAAAAACCCACUACUACUUUCGCACAUAAAAUUCCAACAAUAUAUAUAAAGUUAUGGCAUGGUUAACCCCAAAUGAUAGGUGUUUGUCGUGUUUGUAAGUUUUCCCUCCCUUGUUGAAGAAUUCCUCGACCUUCAAUCAUCCAUUGCUCAAGAAUUCUUAACUCUCAUGGUUGAGGAGAGAGAGCAGCAACAGGCAAGCAGCAACUCUGAAUUCUCCGUUGAAAGAUGCAGCUUGUGAGCUUUCUCUCCACCAUUAAAGCGUAGAUAGAGAUCGUAAUACACUCGUUAAUGGAUAUUCUAACAAAGGAUAGUCACCCUGGUGUUGCUAGUAUAGUUGAUCAAAGGAGAGACAUAUGUCAUGGUGAAGGGGCUAGUGGAAAUAUGGUUGAUAUUGUCAAUGUGGUACAUGAUCAGGAUGGAGGAGCUGGUACAUCUGCGACAAGCAGUCUUCUGCUUGAAGGAGACAUUGAUAUUGGGCCUGAUAGUGACCUUCAAUUUGAGUCCCAUGAAGCUGCGUACAAGUUCUACCAAGAAUAUGCCAAAUCUAUGGGAUUCACGACCUCAAUAAAGAACAGUCGACGUUCAAAGAAAUCAAAAGAUUUUAUCGAUGCAAAGUUUGCGUGCUCCAGAUAUGGGGUCACUCCAGAAUCUGAUGUUGGUAGUAGCCGGCGUUGUAGUGUUAAGAAGACUGAUUGUAAGGCUAGCAUGCAUGUCAAGAGAAACAAGUAUGGGAAAUGGGUCAUACAUGAGUUCAUUAAGGAGCAUAAUCACGAACUUUUACCAGCAUUGGCAUACUAUUUUCGUAUUCACAGAAAUGUGAAAUUGAUCGAGAAGAAUAAUAUUGAUAUAUUACAUGCUGUUAGUGAGCGAACAAAGAAGAUGUUUGUUGAUAUGUCUAGACAGUCUGCUAGCUUUAUGAAUCAUGGAUCCCUAAGGGAUGCACACAGUUCUCUACUUGAUAAAGGUAAUCGCUUGGUUCUAGAUGAAGGAGAUGCCCAAUUCUUACUUGAUUACUUUAUGUGUGUCAAGAAAGAAAAUCCUAAAUUUUUUUAUGCAAUAGAUUUGAAUGAAGAACAAUAUCUUAGGAAUUUUUUCUGGGUUGAUGCUAAAAGUAGGAGUGACUAUGCAAGUUUUAGUGAUGUUGUCUCUAUUGACACCUCAUAUAUAAGGACAAAUGACAAGCUACCACUUGUCCUCUUUGUGGGGGUGAACCAUCACUUCCAGGCGAUGUUGCUUGGCUGUGCCUUGAUUGCAGAGGAAUUGCCGUCAACAUUUGUUUGGUUGCUGAAGACUUGGCUCAGGGCAAUGGGAGGGAGUGCACCCCAGGUGAUUAUCACUGACCAACAUCCCUCAAUAAAGUCUGCCAUCCAGGAAGUCUUACCUAAUACACGUCAUUGCUUUCAUCUGUGUAAUGUUCUGGAGAAAUUCCCAGAAAAGCUUGCACAUGUCGCCAAGAGACACGAAAAUUUUACUGGAAAAUUCAAUGAGUGCGUAUUCAAGUCAUGGACGGAUGAACAAUUUGAUUUAAGAUGGUGGAAAAUGGUUGGUAGGUUUGAUCUUCAAGACGAUGAGUGGAUAAGAUCACUAUAUGAAGAUCGUAAGAAAUGGGCUCCUCUUUAUUUAAGUGAUAGUUUCUUGGCUGGAAUGUCCCCUCCUCAUCGAACUGAUAGCGUAAAUUCAUUUUUUGACAAAUAUAUUCAAAGAAAACUUACUUUGAAAGAGUUUGUGAAACAAUAUGGUGCAAUUCUGCAGAAUAGGUAUGAGGAAGAGGCUAUAGCAGAUUUUGACACAUGGCACAAGCAACCUGCACUGAAGUCUCCUUCACCCUGGGAGAAACAAAUGUCAACUAUAUAUACACAUGCAAUAUUCAAGAAAUUUCAGGUUGAAGUUCUGGGUGUGGUCGGCUGUCAUCCUAGGAAAGAAGGUGAAGAUGGAACAUCCAUUACUUAUCGAGUAGAUGACUGUGAAAAGGAUGAAACUUUUUUUGUAGCAUGGGAUGAAACAAAGUCUCAGGUUUCUUGUUUAUGUCGUUCAUUUGAGUACAGAGGUUUUUUGUGUAGACACGCAAUGCUUGUUCUACAAAUCUGUGGUAUUUCUAGCAUACCAUCUCAGUACAUAUUGAGGAGGUGGACAAAAGAUGCAAAAACCACGCAGUUGAUGGUAGAAGGAAUUGAGAGGUUGCAGACCAGGGCACAGCGUUAUGUGGCCUUGUGUAAGCAAGCCAUUGAACUGAGUGAAGAAGGAUCUUUAACUCAAGAAAGCCACAACAUUACCCUGCGAACACUGGUGGAUACUCUGAAAAAUUGUGUUAGUGUGAAUAACAUGAAUAGAAGUGCUAUUGAAGUUGGGGACACUUAUCGUGAUCAUGAUAUUGUUGAAGCAUACCAGGGAAAUAUUUCAACUAGAACUAGCAAAAAAAAGAAUGCAGUGAAGAAGAGGAAGGUAGCUUCAGAAACAGAAGUGAUGCUGACUGAUGCUGAGGACAACUUGCAUCAAAUGGAAAAUUUAACCUCUGAUGGGAUAUCGCUCAAUAAUUACUAUGGUUCCCAACAGAAUGUGCCAGGAGUAGGACUGGUGCAGUUGAACUUAAUGGAGCCACCACAUGAUAAUUAUUAUGUUGAUCAAGAAAGUAUACCAGGGCUGGGACAAUUAAACUCCAUAGGACCAAAUCAUGAAGGAUUUUUUGGGGCUCAACAAAGUGUACAUGGGCUGGGACAUUUGGAUUUUCGAUCAUCAUCUAGCUUCUCUUACAGCUUACAGGAUGACCAUGAUUUAAGAUCUGCACAGCUGCGUGGAGAUGCUUCUAGGCACACUUGAGAAUGAGAUUUCUUCAUGUAUUGGUCAAGUUGUAGAUAUCUUCGUGUAUUGAUCAAGUUGUAGAUAUCUUUAAAGGGUAGACUUGUUACUAUAUGAGAGUGACUUGGCUGAAGAAUUCCAUGUGACUACCAUGUUGAGGAGAAAAUACAAAUUUGCCUCAGGUACUUCCUCUUGUCUGUCCUUUUUUUUUCCCCCUCCACCUCUCUCUACAGUCCCUAACCCACCCUUCCAUCUCCCUCCCUAAAGUAAAUAAUUUUUGCCCAUUUUGUCACUUACAAAUUACACCUAUAUUCAUCUUGGUUUCCUGUAUUUGUCCUAGUUUUAUACUCGUUAUCUCCACCAAUUCACUUCCUCUAGUUUUGUUUGAUUCUUUUUUAAAGCUUUGUGAUAAUCUUCUUGCAAAAUAUUAAUAGUCUCACGGGAUUCCUUAUGAUUUGUUUUCCUAAUGCAAAUUUAUGAUUGGAUCAUUGAAGUCAAUUUUAACUUAUAUUGACUUGUGCAUUAAUUUUCAUAUAUCAUCUUGGCUUCUGUUAAUUCCUAUAAGUAUCCACUUCAAUAUCUCAUUUGCUUUUUAUCUUGAUUACUAUUAAUGACAUGCUAGCUAGCUUUCUCUAUGGAAUAGAUUGAAGUGGAAAUAUUGUAAUCAAAUAUCAUUUGCUUGCAAGGCCAAUUGCUUGUUUAUUUGUUUUUGCUUUAUAUGCAAGUACCUGUUUCCUAUCUGUAAGGAAUAAUUUGCUGUGCUGGUUUCAGCUAAAAAUCCUUAGAUAAAAUUACUUAAAAGUUAAAACUACUGAAGAAAAUACUUGCAUGAGUUUGAGGAAGCAAGUAUAAAAAGUAAGGGUGUUAUAAUAUAUCUUUAUUCAAUCCCCUGACAUAAUGUUUAGGAUCAAAUUAGUUGAAAUAAGCCUGUCACAAGCUGCACAAGGAAGGUAAACGUGGAAGGCAUAUGAAGCAUGAUUAAAAAAACUGAAUAAGUGCAUUUGUUUAGUAUAAUGUGGGAUGAAGCCAUAAAGGACAACUUGAUAUCAUUCGCAGAUGAUUUUUUAUGGCUGUUGGUUUUUAGACAACCUGAUAUUAUUACCGGAUUUGUAAGCUUUGUCACUUUGUAGGUUUUCUUUGCCGAAUUUUAGAUUGCUUAGGAGAACUAGCUUGCCGGGUCAAAAUAGCCUUCCGUAAGUAAAUGUAUAAGUAAAUGUAUCCUAAGUCUUGGAUUGACAAAUGCAGUUGCCAAGUAUCCGAUCUCCCAUACUUUGGCAUUAGUUGAUUAUGGUGGUUUUAUGAGGCAAAGGUAAAAGAUUUGAUGGCAAUUUCGAGAGUACAUAUAUAAUUUAUUUAUUUAUUUUAUUUUAUUUUAUUUUUUUUUUUUUUUUUUUGAGGAAAAACAAGCUAGCAUUAAUCAAGAAACGAGAUUAUCCAUCAAUACAUUAGGGGUUAUUUCUUGUGGACAAAAGUUCUCCCAUACUUGUUCUACCCCAAAUGGGAUUAGCUUAGCUAGGUGAUGAGCAACAAAGUUGCCCUCCCUCUUAACAUGAGACCAAAUAAUAGAAUCAAAAGCAGUACAUAAAGAGAAAAUAUCACCAAUGAUAGAAUCUAAAUCUGAAAGAAACACAUUCCCCUUCUCAAGCUUCUUCGUGAGAGUUUGACAGUCUGUCUCCAAAAUAACAUCCCUGAGCCCAUAUCUUCUGCCAAGUCUAGCAACCAUCGAAAGAGCUUUCGCUUCUGCCACUUCAGGAGCCCAAUAUGCGUGCAUUCUUCUAGUAGCAGCAAACAGGACCUUUCCUUCAUGAUUUCUAGCCACCACACCCAAGCCAACAAGCCCUUCACUCGAUACAGAAGCGUCAGCAUUUGGCUUCACAAUGCCAGCAGGGGGAGGAUGCCAAACCUUAGAGCUGCUAGCAUUUCUCACAGCAGGCCUGGCGUAGAAGAGUAUAUGUAGCGUACUGAUAUAUGCCAUGCUUUAUUUUUCAUCUGCAGACAUGCAUAUUAACUUAAGACUGUAUGCAAUUGUGCAAAGUUAAUGGCAUUAAAGCGUAGUAUAAUUAUUUCAUGAAAAGUUUAUCAGUUUUUUUUGGGCAAGCAGUUUUCUGAAUGCAGUAAAAUUUCACUUUUUAAAAAAAUAAAAUAAAAAUAAAAUCACAGCGUUGCAAGGUUGGAUGAUGGUGUUGCUUCUGAUUCGUACCUACCUCUGCUUAUUCUUCCUCCAGAUAGCUGCUGUUUUUGACACAGUACUGCUCGUUCAAUCAGGAGUCGUGUAUUUCAGUUGUACCGGAAGUCCGGAAGAAUAUUGAUGCUAAUAAGCUAUCUCGCUUUAUUACAGUAAUUAGAGAAUGUAAUGACAAGUAUGCAAAUAAAGCUCACAUUGAUGUAUUAUCUUUCAUCUAUAUCUCAGUAUUUAUGAUGUCCUUUUUCCGUCAUGAAUCAACCCUCGUUCAUAUUUUCCAUUUCUGAUGGAUUGGAAACCGGGAAUUCAAUCAUAUUGCCUAUAUACUAUAUUGCUUGUUACACUUCUGGAGUUAAACACUUCAUUCAUUCAUUA